GGGACGGUGCGUAAGACCUUGUGGGAAUUGUAGUUCAAACUCCUUUUCCCAUGGUUCCCCAAACGGCCUGGCUUCCGGCGGCUGUGGAUCAGCGCGUGUGGCCGCGGCCCUGUUGACUGAAGAGCCAUGGAGAGCGGCUUCGGUUCCGAUUUCGGGGGCUCCGGCAGCGGGAAGCUGGACCCGGGGCUCAUCAUGGAGCAGGUGAAGGUGCAGAUCGCCGUGGCCAACGCGCAGGAGCUGCUGCAGAGGAUGACUGAUAAGUGUUUCCGGAAGUGCAUCGGAAAGCCGGGGGGCUCCCUGGACAACUCGGAGCAGAAGUGCAUUGCCAUGUGCAUGGACCGCUACAUGGACGCCUGGAACACCGUGUCUCGCGCCUACAACUCGCGGCUGCAGCGGGAACGAGCCAACAUGUGACCAGGAGCCACGAAGACACUAGCCUGGGGGUCGCCCCAUGGGCCACCCCAUCCCCUGUUUUCGUCUUCAUAAAUGCGUUUCGUGAGGCGGAGCCAGCAAGUGCAUACUGCCUGCUCGUGGUCUCUGAUGUCGGGGGGACGCGUGUGGGGACAGUGGGACUGUGUCCACCACCAGCAAGUGCAACCCGGGUCACAAAGACCCUGUGCCUUCUCAAAGCCCGGCGGCGCCUCCUGCGAGCCUCGCAGUCUGCAGCUAGUCCCCUGGUGUAUCCAGGCCAGCUUCAAGCUUUGGGCUUGUGGAGAGAACCCUUGUUGGCACCUGGGGGUGGGGGGAUGGGUCAGGCCCCACCGCGACCACCUGGUGGACCAAUAAAUUGUUGACGAAGGGCGGAG